GGGCUAAGGCCGCUCAGUCAGGCUUGGGAAGCCGGGAAGAAUUUGUCUCUCGGCCGUGAGAACGGAGGUGUCAGGGUCAGUGGCGGUGCUGGGGUCGCCCCCGCCCCGUGACUGACAGCCCGGUGUUUCCACCUGGGCGGUGAAGUCAUAGCAGGGUUUGGGGCCUGACAACACCCAGGAAUGAGGACAUCUGUAGAAUAAUGAGAAUGUAUGACAACAUGUCCACAAUGGUGUAUCUAAAAGAAGACAAAUUGGAGAAGCUCACUCAGGAUGAGAUUAUUUCCAAGACUAAACAAGUGAUUCAAGGACUAGAAGCCUUGAAGAAUGAGCACAAUUCCAUCUUACAGAGUUUACUUGAAACACUAAAAUGUUUGAAGAAAGAUGAUGAGACCAAUCUGGUAGAAGAAAAAUCAAAUAUGAUUCGGAAGUCUUUGGAAAUGCUAGAAUUGGGACUAAGUGAAGCACAGGUGAUGAUGGCUUUGUCAAAUCACUUAAAUGCUGUAGAAUCAGAGAAGCAGAAAUUACGUGCUCAGGUUCGUAGGCUGUGUCAAGAAAACCAGUGGUUAAGAGAUGAACUAGCCAAUACCCAGCAGAAAUUGCAAAAGAGUGAACAGUCUGUGGCUCAGCUGGAAGAAGAAAAGAAGCACCUUGAAUUCAUGAAUCAGUUAAAAAAAUAUGAUGAUGACAUAUCACCUUCAGAGGACAAAGACACAGAUUCUGCCAAAGAGCCAUUGGAUGAUUUAUUCCCCAAUGAUGAAGAUGACCAAGGACAAGGAAUUCAACAGCCACAUAGCAGUGCAGCAGCAGCUGCGCAACAAGGUGGUUAUGAGAUUCCAGCAAGAUUAAGGACCCUUCAUAAUCUUGUCAUUCAGUAUGCUUCCCAAGGUAGAUAUGAGGUUGCUGUACCACUUUGUAAACAAGCACUCGAAGACCUUGAAAAGACUUCAGGCCACGAUCACCCUGACGUUGCCACUAUGUUGAACAUACUUGCAUUAGUAUACAGGGACCAGAAUAAAUACAAAGAUGCAGCAAAUUUACUGAAUGAUGCCCUGGCCAUUCGUGAAAAGACCUUAGGCAAAGACCAUCCAGCGGUUGCAGCAACUUUAAAUAAUCUUGCUGUGCUUUAUGGGAAAAGAGGAAAAUACAAAGAAGCUGAACCUUUAUGCAAGAGAGCUUUGGAAAUCAGAGAAAAGGUACUGGGAAAAGACCAUCCAGACGUUGCCAAGCAGCUAAAUAAUCUGGCUUUACUAUGUCAGAAUCAGGGCAAAUAUGAAGAAGUGGAAUACUACUAUCAGCGGGCACUUGAGAUCUACCAAACAAAACUGGGGCCAGAUGAUCCAAAUGUAGCAAAGACAAAGAAUAAUUUGGCAUCCUGCUAUUUGAAACAAGGGAAAUUUAAGCAAGCAGAAACUUUGUACAAAGAGAUCCUCACUCGUGCCCAUGAAAGAGAAUUUGGCUCUGUGGAUGAUGAAAACAAACCGAUCUGGAUGCAUGCUGAAGAGAGAGAAGAAUGCAAAGGAAAACAAAAAGACGGCACUACAUUUGGUGAAUAUGGAGGCUGGUACAAAGCUUGCAAAGUUGACAGUCCAACAGUUACAACUACUUUAAAGAACCUUGGAGCACUUUACAGACGUCAAGGCAAGUUUGAAGCUGCUGAAACACUAGAAGAGGCAGCAAUGAGGUCCCGUAAACAGGGACUUGACAAUGUUCACAAACAAAGAGUUGCUGAAGUGCUUAAUGACCCAGAAAGUAUAGAGAGAAGGCAAAGCCGUGAGAGCCUCAAUAUUGAUGUGGUAAAGUAUGAGAGUGGACCUGAUGGAGGAGAGGAAGUGAGUAUGAGCUUAGAAUGGAAUGGGGAUGGCACUGGAUCAUUAAAACGCAGUGGUUCCUUUAGCAAACUUCGUGCUUCAAUUAGACGCAGCAGUGAGAAGCUGGUUAGAAAACUGAAGGGAGGAAGUUCACGAGAAAGUCCUGGCAUGAAGCGUGCCAGUUCAAUGAAUAUUCUUAACGUGGGUGGCAAAGCAACUGAAGAUCAUUUUCAAGGACGAACUAAUUGUCUGACAGAUUCAAGAGCUAUGAGUGCCAGUCACACUGAUUUGGCCCACUGAGGUUCUGGAACAGAUGCUAGCUAAAAAUGUCUGUAUGAAUCAUGAAGCACCGAGAUUCGCAGGUUUUGAGGCCCCAUUAUGAUCAUUCUAGCACUUUCUAGGUUAAAGACAUAACAGAAUGGACUAUUUUUAGGGUCUCUUAAAAUAAGUGGCAUUUUAAAGAAUCCUAGAGUCAGCAACUAGCUUCUUUGUGAAGCGGGCUGAGUUUGUUGCGUUGUUACUAGCAAUACGGAGUUGUGUUACAGAUAGCUGUAUAGCAGUAUCCAUAAGCAGAGGAAAAUAUCCCACAAAGUAGAAAAGGAACUGAAAUAUAAAGGAAUGCAAAAGUGUGCUCUUUUAAAACUGUUACAGGAACAUCCAUUAUUAACUAUGUAUGCAUUUGGUAGAAUGAGAUUUGCAUUAAGUUCAUCAUUGUAUGGAACGAGGACAGUGUACACAUUGUAUAGUUACCAAAAUUGGCAUGUAGCUUAUCUCAUUAGUAUUGGGCUUCAGGUUUUAAAUCAGGAAGGCAAGAUGCUGAUUAAUUGGGAUGGAAUAGCUUUGACCUCUGGAAAAUGGCACUUAGUAGCCAAUUACUUGUGGCUUUCUUCAGUCAAAAUUAAUGGAAGCAGUGCAAUCUACCUUAAGCUGGGAGAGGAAAGCAGAAUUGGCUAAAAGCCAGUCAGAUUUUUCAGUCUGUCCACUUCACUCUCACCGAACACUCCUUUUUUUCUUAGUCCAGAAUUAUGAUUACUUCCUGCCUAUUGAAUUUUACUUCUGUUUCAGUUUGAAGUGAGAAAGGGAAAAAAUAACUACUGUGAAGUAGUUGCUUGCAAGAGGGCCCCGUGAGAAAUUUGUCAGGGCAAAAAAAGCCUAUCAGUGGCAACUUGUUUCAAUCUUCCAUUGGUUUAUUACUCUUUUGGGUGAUAAACUUUUUUUUCCUCAGGGGACUAGAUAAGGAAGGGUAAGUGUUUUCAGCAUUUGGUUUUGCAGUCAGUAAUUUAAUGAAACAUGUUUAUCUGUUUCCAUUUUGCAAUACUAUUAUUUGCAACCAGGAAGUAGAAGUGUGUGCAAGUCGUGACUAUACACCAAGAAAAUUAAAUCUCUGGCCAGUAGGAAUAACCAAGCAUUACAAUCAAUGUUAUUAAUGUAGACUCCAGAGGUUAAAAGCAUUAAAAGGAAGAUAUUCUAGUUUUAUGAAAAGUAUAUGUAACAAGAUUUGUGAUCAAGGUACAUCAGCUCACUCUUUCAAUGACAACUUACCUAGCAGUGUUCUGGGACCUGGUCAGUGCUGCUAACUAUGUAGAUAUUUUGUGAGAAUAUUCCAUACCAUUUGUAAAUCUGAGAGAAUUAUACUUGCAAGUUCAUAAUAGAGUUGGUUACAUUGUUCUUAACCAUCUUAGUUAAACUCUAAAAUUCUGAACAGGCUUUGGAAGGCAAGUAGAAAGAAACCAAAAAGCUGAACUAAGGUACAGUGACACUCCAUUCUUAAGUUGCUGUAUUUGGCAUUCCUGUCUGCGAAGGCUACAGAUGCUUCCUUGUACUGUACUUUCCUGUGUUUCUUUAGGUUUUACUAUACCAUGGGAGAAAGAAGCCCUGUAGAGAUAGGUAUAGGUACACUGAAGAUAAUACCUAGAUAAUAUUACAUUGGCAUAUAUUCUAAUACAGUUUCAGGCUGUUACUCAAAAUGGCAUAUACAUAUGCAUUAUUCAAUACAUUUUUGAAACUAAGAUCUAAAGCUCUUUGAAGUGAAAUGGUUAGGUUAUUAAAAUGAUACUAGUCUCCCUUAUUUUUUAAACACCUUCCCCAUUUUUGAGGAGAAAAUAAAGCUGGCUUCUGUUUGGUUAACAUGGUUGUGAAUUGCAUCGUCCCUUGUGUUAAAUACCAUGUUUUCAAAUGAAUAUUCACAUUUUAGCUUUAAAUUGUUAUAAAAUUAUCUCUCUUGCUAUGCAUCAGGCAAAUUAAGAGUAAGUUGAAAAUAUGUGCUGCCAAAAAGUUGAGGCGGGCAGCCCUUUAAUGCCAUCUUGUUUUGAUCUUACAGCAAAAGUAUAGUUGUAUACUUAGAUGCAUGAACCACAACAGCCCUCUCUCAAUUUGGUGGGACUAAAAUCUUGACCUGUCCAGCAGGAUUGCUUUUACCUUAUGUCCUCCAGAUGAAAUGAAACUGGAAUUUCAGAAUCCCUGAAGGUCAUGUAGACUCAAAAUUCUGAAAAUUGCAGGGGAAAUCUACUUUUGAAAAACAAUCUAGAUGUAUUAUAUAUUAUGAAUAAGCCAAUGACCUAAAAUACUAACAUUUUCACAUGAGAAAAAGCAUCUUUGUGAAUAAUCUAUAGGACUGUGCUAACUUGGUUCUUAGUCACAGGACUGUCCUGCCUUGCUUAUGCAUCUAUCAGUGAAUAGGAAAUGAAUUUAUCUGAUAUCUUUCUUCGAAGCAAUUUACUCAGUACAUAUAAUUAGGUAAGUGGAUAUACACAAAACCUUUGGCUGGCCAUGUUGUGGGAUGGGCAGCCAUGGUAAGUUAUCACUCUACUGAUAUACCAUUGAGUGUAUCUUGGAUAUAUAUAUUCUAUCUUCAGCAAUGAUAUAGAAACAAUAACCAUACAUUUCCAGCUCAUGAUACAAGUAGUUCAGCCUUUCACUAAUUUAAGUGACUAUUGUUGAAAAAUAAGUAACAUAUCUAUCAGACAUACCAUUCAUUUCAUUAGAAUCCUGUGUUGGGUGCAGAAAUAAUUUUUAUUUGUGCAACUAUUGUACCUGUUUGAAGAACUGAUUCUUCAUCAGCAAAACCUUCCAUUAUAAAGUUUUUUUUCCCAUCCAAAAGUAGCUUAAGCAACAAUUUGUGUUGUUUUGUAUAAUCUCUAAAGCAUGAUUACUUCCCUACCAAGUAGGCUUCUUCAUAAUAAAUCAUUUAAUCCUAUCUUAGAAAUGUAUUUGUGGAAACAAUGGGGCCAUCCAACUAGGUCCACAUCUGUCACUGAAGUCCCCUUUAGACCUUCUCACUGCAAUCUGAAAGAAUAAGUUUUGAGGGUCCAAGUGAAACGAAGGGAAAGCAGUAUGAGCAGCAAUCAUGGAUUAUGCCUGUUAGGAAGAUUGCCAUUUCUCACAACUCUGUGAGGGGUUCUGAAUAAAACAGCAAUGAAUUGUAGGCUAAGUUGCAAUAUUAAUCUGCCUGACCUCUGCACAUUAAGUGUCUUGGCUACAGCAUUAUUCAGUUAGAUUUUUUCUCUAAUUUUAGAUUUUUCUCCAAUUUUAGAACAGUACAAGUGGUGGUGAUAAUCUAAAUUGCUCAUCACAUUAUGUAAUUUCUUGGACAAUACUGUUAACUAGUACCCAAGUCACAAUUUUAUUUAUUUUAUAAUAAAUAAAGUCACAAAAUUAAAUAUAAUGUAUUUAAGUUACAUCUUUAGUAGAUGUUCCUAUACCCAUUUAGGAUGACCAAGAAUACAGUUAGCCCUGAUAUAACUCUUUGAAAGGAACAUGGAGAUAGUUCUAUAUAGAACACUUGCCUUGAUGCAGUAGUUAUUCAUGUACAGUACGUGUGAAAAGUUGGAAUUAGUACCGUCUGGUUUCAAGAAAAAGCUUAAUGCAAAACGAUUCAGACAAUGUUUACUACAAAUACCCCUCUUUGAGAGCAGGGAUUCUUUUUAGAUUUAACAACAUGUUAAAUGGAAAUAAGCUGGAUUAAAGAUGUUUUGUUUUAAAACUAGUAAUUCCACUGACUAUGGAAAAUGAAGUAUUUUAUUAUACGUAUUUCUGAAAACAGAUUGUGUAGUGUUUUACUGAAUUUGUUUACAAUGUUGAAAUAUCCUGAUUUGUUAACAAGGUCAGUUUCCCCACUGAAAACUACUAUUUUGUGCUCAAGUACAAAAUACAUACUUGUAACAUAAACUCAUUGAAAAAAUAUUUUACCAAAACAUGUUUAUAUUUUACUGAAGUUACAAAUACUGCCUUUUAAAAAUAUGGAAUUUUAUUUCUUUAUUGUAUAUGCUCAAAUUAAACCGGAGAACUCGUUUACUACUAAAAGCACAUUAAUUCUAGUCUGCGUGUAAUUACCAGCAUGCAGUGCCCCACAUAGUAAACGGAAUAGUUUUUGUGCUCUGUAUGUAUGACCAAAACUGGAUGUAGCUAACGGCGUUUCCUCUCUGCACUUUAUGUUAUGGCAGCACUGAUGGGGCUAUUGUGUAAUGGCAGGAUAUCCAGCUAAACUGCUGAAAUGGAGUAAUUCACAUACUCUUUCAAAACUCACUUCAGAGCACUUGAGGAUACCGUAGUCAGAGAAGAAUCAACAAGGCAGCAGUUUAAAGAGGGAAAUACGUAAAUGGUAGUUCUAAAUAGUAUAGUUUUAACACUGGAAAAUAUUAAAAUGGAAACAGGAUAGAUCAGUCUUUCAGGGUUGAUUCCCCAUAUUUUGUUUAAAAAAAUUUGCAUUUACUCCUUAAAACAAAACAGUCCUAAUUAGGAAUUUUAUUCUUACAGGAAGAAAUAAUGCAUGAUAAAUUUAUUUGCAAAACUGAAAAAUUAUUGGCUCUUUUAAAAGUCACAAGUUGUUGUUUUUUUAAACUAGAAAAAGUAUAUUUUCAACUUACCACAACAAUUUCCUUAAUCUAUUUAUAUUCUUAAAUGGAUGUUAAAUUAGAGCAAGAGUAUUUGCUUUAGGCUAUUCUAAACAAGCAGACUUUUUCCAGAAGUGCAUAGCAUGGUGUCUCUUCUUUUUUGUUUUGUUUUAAUAUGUUACAGAGUUGUGAACCAUUUGUUUAAUUUGUAAAGCUUUCUUGUUAUUCUCAAAGUGUAAAAAUAAAGUAUUGAAACAGAGCUAUGUAAAUGUGAUCUCUUUAUUAAGGGUGCGGAAAAGUUCUGUGCAUGGAAUGGUUACUUUCAAGUGAUUCAUAUCUGGACCAAAAUAGUUAUAUUUGGCGGGGAGGGAGAAAGCAGGAAAAAACAAGGAUACCGGUGAUGAUAGAUAAAAGGAGAUAGGGGAAGAUUGAUGGAUGGCUUAAUACACAGAUGAUGGGGGGGGGGAGGAAAAUUGGGGUAGAAUGCAUUAGCCUUUCCCUACUCACCCUAUAAGACCCCUCCAGAGUUUGUUUUGGUAAAAACAGGAAUCAUGAAUCGUUCUGCUAAAACUCAGUACAGAACCACCAAAACGUUUGGGAUUCCACACAAAAUAGACGGUAGCAGCAUGGCUGAUUCUCCUGGGCAUAAGAGUAGAGCUUUCAACCCUUCUCUCCCAGAAGCCUCCGGAUCUACAGAGUUACCUAACUCAGUCACUUGCCUUGCUGUAGCAGCUUGGCAGUUACUGCUGCCACCAUCUGUCUUCCGGGGGGUGCUCCCCCUGGCAUUCUUUCCCAACUCAUAUGAGAUAAAGGCCUCCCACAAUUUAUAUUGCCUUUCUGGCAAACUGAAAGGAAAAAAAAUGAGUAAAGAUGAAAUAAAUCUGGUGGCACCACAUCCUGGCCUCCGCC